GAAAUUGGCUCAAGAAUGGCAUCCAGAUAAAUAUAAAGGCGAUCUAACACCAGAACAAGUAGAUUCAAAAAUGAGCGCGAUUAACGAAGCAUAUGAAGUGUUGAAUGACGAUGGCAAGUUUGAUAAUGGUGAAGAUCCGAAUGAUCCCAAUGGAGGAAGUCAGCCAUUCUUUUAUUCUGACAAUGCCUUCAUGCGGUUUGCCAGUGGUGGUUUUCAAUUUGGAGAAGGGUUUCCCUUUGGCGAAAGUAAUG